AUGAACGAGGUUCAGACAUCUCCCACCAUUCUCUCCACCAUGGAUCCCCCAGUUGCAACGGCGAGAGAAUGGAGGGACAUCAAAGAUGAAGAAGACGAGGAGGAGGACGUUUGCAGGAUCUGCAGAAAUCCAGGAGAUGCUGACAAUCCGCUUCGGUAUCCGUGCGCCUGCAGCGGGAGCAUCAAGUUUGUGCACCAGAAUUGCCUCUUUCAGUGGCUCACUUACAGCAGCAACGCUCGUCAAUGCGAGGUUUCGCUUCUCUUCCUCUUGAUUAUUUCGGUUUGCAAGCAUCCCUUUUCGUUAUCUCCAGUGUAUGCUGAAAAUGCUCCCGCAAGGCUCCCUCUCCAUGAGUUUGUAGUUGGCGUUGCGAUCAAAGCUCGCCGUUCCCGGACUUUGCACUUCUCUCUGCGGUUGAGUUUUGCGCUAUCUGUCUGGCUUCCCGCUAUCCCUUUCAUCACAUUUUGGAUAUGGCGGUUAGCUUUUGUGCGGAGUUUUGGUGAAGCUCAGAGAUUGUUCUUAAGGCACAUCUCAACCACAGCUAUUCUCACCGAUUGUUUUCACGGGGUCUUACUCUCGGCCUGUCUUAUCUGCAUUUUCAUGGGAGCCACUUCAUUGUUGGAUCACUUUACGGAUUUGCUAGAGUUGGGAAGACAAGAAGAGAGAGAAGAUGAAGAGGAGAGAAAUGGUGUUCCUGCUGCGAGAAGACCUGCUGCAGAGGGGAAUGGCGGAGAUGGUGGAGAUCAGGGUGCGGCUGUUGGUGGCUUGGACGACGCUAAUGGUGCAGAUGACAUAGAUGACAUUCCAUUUUACGAGCUGGUUGGGAUGCAGGGUCCGGUGUUUCGUUUAAUUGAGAAUGCAUUUACUAUUCUAGCAAGCAAUGUGUUAUUCAUUGGUGCUGUCAUCUUUGUGCCCUUCACAUUAGGACGGUUUACACUGUAUCACAUGUCGUGGCUUUUUGUUGCUGCUAGAGGCUCUGCCGUGACCGCAUCAAUGCAUUUGAUAGAUACUGGACUAUCAUUGGGAAAUAUAGCUCUGAAGAGUGCGUUGACUUCUGUCUCAAAUUUGACCAACGAGGGCCAAGGAAAUGGACUGAUUGGUCAGCUCACAGAAAUGAUGAAAGUCAGUGGAAGUGAAUUGUAUGGAGUAAACAAAACUCUAUCUGUUGCUGCUGAUCUCAUGAAAGGUUCUGUUGCCGGAUCAUCAACGCUAUCUGAUGUGACAGCUCUGACUGUAGGGUACAUGUUUAUAGUCUUUCUGGUGUUCCUUUACCUCGGGAUCAUUGCGCUGAUUCGUUAUGCCAAGGGUGAGCCAGUGACCUUUGGGAGACUUUGUGGUAUCGCUCCUAAAGUAGAAACUGUACUCGUUAGACACUUGUUAGCAGCAAUGAGGAUUGGACUCAGAGGUUUCUUUUUUUGUGGUCGUCGUGAUUGGGGUCUACCCCCUGAUGUGUGGCUGGUGGCUAGAUGUUUGCACUGUUAA